AUGGUAAAGAUACGCAAUAAAUUAAUACGAAAGGGAUCUACUCCACCUCAAAGGAAGCACUGGCUUCGACGGAAAUAUGUGUCGCUUGCUUGGAUGGUCGUGUUUGGAGCACUUUGUCUAUGGGUGAUGACUUUGCUCCAUCAAACCGUUCUGAAGAAUGCUAGAGAACAAGACUCAUCCGCAUUACAUUCAUCACUAGUAGAUAACGUCCAAAUGAAAUCGUUAUCCAAGAAAAUAAUAGAGAGAAAGAUGAAACUAAGGAAAGCGCCGACUCUGGAAGAAAACUCUGCUCUUGACGAAGCUUCGUCUUCGUCAGUCUCCCAAUCAGUUGGCGAGAGUAGCGACAAGCCAGUUGACAAGAACAAGUAUCACUUAGCCUUUUCAACAAGCUGCUCAAAAAAUGAUUGGCAGUCCUAUUUGUUUUUCUAUCUGGCCAUGGCAUUCGAACAACCCGGUGACGUGACACAUAUCGUUUCGGGAUGCAAAGAUCAAGAGACAGAAGACGAAAUACGGCAAAUGCACUUGGAGCAGCACACCAAAGCCAUGAAUGAGAAUUUUUAUGUUCACUUUACUCCAGAGUUCUCCGACAAAAGAAACUUUCAAGUGACAAAAUACUGGAACAAGCCAUUUGGCGUAAAGCAUUGGUUGGAACAUCGAUUUGGAUUUGAGUAUGACAAAUCUAAGGGAGAAGUUGCAAAGCCAACAGAGUAUGAUGAUGAUAUUGUCAUUCUGAUAGAUCCUGACAUGCUCAUGUUGAAACCCUUCUACAACAACUUUACUUCAGCUCCCAUGUCAGUCUGGAACAAAUACUUUCAGAGCCGCGCGGAUUCCUUGUUCUAUGAAGUGAAGCAGGGACAGGUGAUUUCUCAAGAGUAUGCCUUUGGUGGAGCGUGGCUAAGGGGUCUCAAGGAAGAGGGCAAAAAUUUAACAUAUGUUCUCGGAACGACUGAGUCUCGUGUUCUUGGCAUGUCUAUGAACGAAGCAUCCAAUGUUUACGCUGCUGGCCCGCCAUAUCUUGCAACAGCUCGAGACUUUUAUAACAUUGCCUAUCACUGGACUGACUUUCUACCACGAUACUACGAGCAGAAACCAAAUAUGAUGAAUGAGAUGUAUGGUUAUUCAAUGGCAGUAGCUCAUCUUGGAUUGAAAAUCCAACUAGCGAAAGGCUUUAUGGUUUCCGACGUGAAUAUACUUACUGGUGAAGGCUGGGAAUUCAUGCAAGAAACAUUUCCAAAGGACGAAGAUCUUCUUGCUCACGCUUGUGAUAUGCCUCGUUAUUCUCGGGACUCCCUUCCACAAGUAUUACACUUUUGUCAGCGCUACGGUAUUGGUGAAUUCUUCAUUAGCAAAUACAAGGUUCCACGACGAACCUUUACUUGCGAAUUUCCUCUGUACGAAGAACCACCCAUUGAUAUCGCCACGGAGGUGUACACUCGCAUGGGCAACUUUCAAACGACCCCAUGGGACGCUACCAGCGGGGUACAUACGGCCAAAAGAGCCGCCAAUGCUUACAUGGUAUGCUCCUUGUACACAGCUCUCAACAAGGCAGCGACUUUCUUCAAAGAUCAUCAUUGCGAACCAGGACAAGCUAACUAUGACAAGGUUUGGCAAUACUUUAAGGUAUACGAUAAAGACCCUCAUGGUCCAGGUGGGGGAGGGAAAAGUAAAAGUAAACCAUAG